AUGUACCAAAGGAACAUCCUACGCCUUCGUGGCGUAGCCCCCAGGCUUCAGACACAUCACCAUCACCUCCCACACCUCCCCCUCACCACUCAACGAGCAUACUCCCAAUUCACCCCCUCCAACCGCCUCUCCAACCGAACAUGCAUGAUCACAGGCGGAACUUCCGGCAUCGGAUUCGCCAUCGCGGAGCGCUUCCUCCAAGAAGGUGCCUCGCGAGUAAUCCUAGUCGGACGAUCCUACGAACGACUCUACAACGCCGCAUCUCGCCUUCAAAUCGACUCACCAGCCAUCCCCUCCACGGAACCCUCCCAGCUCAUCACAAACCCAGAGAAACACCAGCUCCUCGAAUCCUCGCCCAGAAUCAGCCUCCUAAUCGGCGACAUCGCCGAAGCAGGGUCCUGGACGCGUGAGCUCGAGAAAGCAAUGCAAGCAACAAACCCGGACAUCCUCAUCAACGCCGCCGGCCUCUCCAUCUCCUCCAUCCUCCCUAAAUCCGAACCAACAGAUAUCUCCCGUAUCCUGCGCACGAACCUCGAAGGAGCCCUUCUCACCUCUCGAGCGUUCAUCCGCGCCUCGAUCCGCAAUCGGAUGAAGAAAUCCACCCUCACCACUACCGCCACCACUACCAAUGGAAAUCCAGCAUCAUCCAAAUGCAUAAUCAACAUCUCUUCCCUACUGGCCCACAAAUCCGGAACCGGCGCGGUCCCCUACGCAGCAUCAAAAGCCGGAGUGCUCGGUCUCACGAGAUCGGUCGCUGUUGAAGCGGCGGCGUCGCUGCGUGAUGUGGUGGUUAGAUCGAAUGCUAUUGUGCCGGGGUAUAUUGAGACGCCUAUGAUUUCUGAUUUCUCAGAUGGCGAAACAGCCCGGUUGAGGGAGAGUAUCCCUGUGCGACGAUUCGGGAAACCGGAGGAGGUUGCGGAUGCGGCGGUGUUUUUGGCGCAGAAUGAGUAUGCGAAUAAUUGUUUGUUGAAUUUGGAUGGGGGGUUGAGUGCUAUUUAG